CUGCAAAAGAAAAUAAGCUUUUAGCUUGAAAGUAAAAAGUGAAACUGCUAGUUAGUAAUUAUUUGCUUCUGCUAUUAAUUUAAGAAAUUGUAAUAAUAACAAAAUGGAGUAUUUAUUAUAAAUGCGAACAUCAAAACAAAAAAUGUCUAAUUAUCAAGAAAUAGUGAAUCUAAAUGUUGGUGGCACAAAAUUCUCCACUUCGUGGCAUACCCUCACAUGGAUACCUGAUACAUUCUUUACUGCAUUACUCAGUGGUCGUAUACCAACAGUCACAGAUGAAAGUGGUGCCAUUUUCAUUGACCGUGAUCCAAUUCAAUUUGCCUUAAUUUUAAACUAUCUCAGAACUAGGGAUAUAGACUUGAAUAAUGUCAAUAUAAGAUCUCUAAGGCAUGAAUGUGAUUAUUUUGGUAUCACACCACUCAGCAGGAGAUUGGCCUUGUGUGAUGAUGCUAAUCACUCUACUUGUGGGGAUGUGCUUUUUUAUGGAUACUUGCCACCACCAUUAAUUCCACCCAUUGCUAAUAGUAAUGGAAGAACUGGAAACAAUGGCUCUAGAAAGAACUUAGCAUCUACCAGUUGUGAAGGAACAAGUAGUAGAACUCAUUCGAGAAAUUCAUCCUUAGACUUGAGGACUAUUGGGAGAAUACCUUCACAGGAUCAAUUGAACCGAAGUGUCAGAGGUCAUUCGAGAGCAGCUUCACUUGGCAAUACAGACACACUCAAAGGGAUGAGACAUACUGAAGCAAAUACUUGGUCUGACAAUGUGAAAGUACUGAUUAUAAAAGCACAUCACAACUGGAUUGCAGUAGCAUAUGCCCAUUUUGUUUGUGGAUACAGAUUAACAGAUUCGUGUGGCUGGUAUGUAGCAUUCCAAUCACCCGUGCAAGAGUCCACGAUAGAGCGGAUAGCGCUGAAUGCUAAGAGUGGUGGGAGUACGACAGGUGGCAGCACUACCACCGGAAAUGACGUCAUGCUGGGCAUUGCUAGUGGACCACUUGUUAAACUUUGGGCCUUCUCGACACACAUGGAACCUGUCAGGCGGACUCUUAUAGGAACAUUCAAUUUAGGCGUGCGAGUAGAGCAUUUGCUGUUCGUGGGUCCUCAAUUGGUCGCUCUCAGCGGCGCGGGCAGCAGGAGUAAGGCUGGUGUCUGGCACACCAGCACCCAACACUGGCAGACGCAGGACGUGGCACAUCUCACUACGCAUGACACCGCCGGCUCCUUCCUCCUACUGGGAACUGCUACCGGAUGCAUCAACUAUAUCGAUAUGCAGAAGUUUCCGCUACGAAUGAAGGAUAAUGACUUACUCGUGACGCAGUUAUAUAAAGACCCGAACCAGGAACCCAUCACAGCUAUUUCCGUCUACCUUACACCAAAAACCAGCCUAUGCGGCAACUGGAUAGAGAUAGCAUACGGCACGCGCUAUGGGUCAGUGCGUGUGAUAGUGCAGCACCCGGAGACAGUGGGACAUGGGCCGCAGCUGUUCCAGACAUUCACCGUGCACCAGAGUCCCAUCACCAAGGUGUCGCUGUCGGAGAAGUACCUGGUGUCGGUGUGCAGCGAGUACAACCACGUGCGGUCAUGGCGCGUGACUCGGUUCCGGGGCAUGAUCUCCACACAGCCGGGCACCACGCCCCGCGCUGCUUUCAAAGUGCUUGCGCUCGAUGCUGCCACGCCGCAUCCACACAACGACUGCGGGCCAUAUGGUGAACAAGACGAAGAACAGAUUUUCAUCCAAAAAAUUGUUCCCGACACCGACACUCUAUAUGUUCGUCUGGCUUCCAACGGAAAAAGGGUUUGUACUAUUCGUUCGGUGGACGGGUCAGGGGUGUGUUGCUUCGUGGUGGCGGAGUGCGAGGGAGCCCUGCGGCCGCGCCGGCUGCUGGUGUGCGGCCAUCGCUCGGGCGCCGCGCAGCUGUGGGACCUCACCGCGCACAUCGACCGAGCGGCGCGCGCUCCUCACACUGCGCCUGCCUCGCACACACACACGCCCGGUGAUUGUGAAGAAUCUCCUGUGUCCGAGGGUGGGCCGAGUCCAGACGAGCUGGUGCGACUCUUGUCCGCGUGCGACCUGGACGCGACCCCGCUCCCCUCGCUGCACCCUCCCCUCACCUCACCGCGCCACGCCCCCUGAUACCCCGCCCUCAGCGCGCUACUGUGCGCGAUAUGCGCACUUAUCGACUAGGAGAUACAGGUGAAUCUCACGACUUGAAGUUUUAAUGCUGCACCUAGGGUUGCCAACUAUACUGUUUUCAACAGUAUUUAUACUGCUUUUCACUAAAUUAUACUUUUUACUGUUGAACAAAAAUAAAGUAUACAAAAUACUGUUUUCAGCAUGCAAACACAUUAUGUGUUAUACUUACUCGCUCACACUUUGUUUUUUUUAGUCAGAGGGCGCUCACUGCUGCACAGUGUGAGCGUAGCCACAAACAAAUCACACCGAGUUUCUGAACGAAUCUGUCAAUGUCAAAUAUUCAAGAUUGUCAGUGACAGACGUGUGAGUGUAUGCGUUCUAGUUCUCAUUCUCAGGACAUAUAACCUUUUUUUACGAGGACCGUGAAUUACCUCAUUUACUUAUUUUAAUUUUAGUUAUAAUUGUGGUUAUGUAUUGUGUCGUAUGAAGUUUUUAAACAAGAUUAAAUAAGUAAGUUGAGCGAGAAGUUUUAAAAAGAUUUGUUUUUAAAACAAUAAAUAAAUAAAAUACUGUUCAUUUUUCUAAAAUACUGUUUAACCUGAAUAUACUACAUUUUUUGUAAAAAAAAGUUGGCAACCCUAGCUGCACCUGCGAAGCUGAUUCAUAAAGGUUAAUAUAAUGGUAGCUAACUCAUAAAGCUCACAUUUGAAAAAAUGUUUGAAUUAUCACAAUAAUAAUAAUAUUGUAAAACUAUCGAUGUAUUGAGACAUAAAUUAUCGAAAAAAUCUAUAUAAUUUAUUUUUUGUCUAUUGUAUUUGUAAGUAAAAUCAAGUUAAAUGUAUGUUAUAGUUAUAUGAAUGUUAUAUUAGGACUCAAUAAGAUUUGUUUUAACGGAAAUAUAUAUUCCAUAACUAUACUAGCGCAUCUAUACUGAAAUCUAUUCAGUUUUGUUUAUAAAGUUUUAUACUAGGCGUAGGAAAUCAUUGUUUUAAAUUUUAUUAGUUUAAGAAGACUGAUUUUAGCUCAAGAUAGUAUUUUUCUAUGUAUAAUGCGUAACUUUUAUACUUAUAUAAUUACGGUAUUUGUUAAUAUGACGAUGUCCAAUUACUGAAAUGUUAACUUGCUGCAUUUUUUACGUUAUUUCGUCUGAUUAUCGUAAACCCGAAGAGCAGCCAAAUGUGUUGUAUUGAUUCAAUAAGUGCAUAAGAUUUACUGAAUUUCUUUCUAGUAUUUUCUUCUCACAAGCUCUACUUUUUCCGAACAUAUGGUAAAUUCAGUAAUUUAAAAGAACUACUUAAAGUGACGAUUUAAAAGCGCUUAGUUUAAGCCUAAUUGAAUAAAGUUUGUUUGACUUAUGUUAAGUUACCUUUGCCAGAUGAAUUUAAUUAUAUUAAUUUUAUAUGUUACUCAUGUUAUGUAUUUUAAACUGAUGCUGUGUUAUCACAAAAAAGCUAAACAUGUGUUGAACACUUGUUUUAGAAAAGUUCUAUUACAAAUCUGUCUCAUUCUUUUGUUUUGCGUUCAACAUUCUUUAGACAUUGCUUAUAUUUAAACACGAGUCGAAGCUUGUCUAAGGUGUGACGGAUAAAUUAUAUUCUUAAGGAAGAUUUAGAUUGUUUGAUGAC